AUGUCAAACAACCAUGCAUCUGCAGAGAUUGCACCAUCGUUGAUCAUCAGGGGCAUAAAUAUGGUUUCGGUUGAAGAGGUUGCUGUCGAAGAAAAACGUCAUUUGCAAAGCAAUCUUAACGAAGUAAAGCGAAGAAAAGGAAAAGUUGCACAGGGAAUUGUAAACCUGAAGAAAUUUAAUGAAGGUCUGGAGGCUAAGAAGAAGUUAACAAUCUCAGAAAUCAGUCACCACUUCGAUCAACUUGUCAAAGCCAUGAAAUCUCGCAAAAGAGAAAUGAUGGAAAAAGCGACUUCAAUCACGAAUUCCAAACGGAAACAGAUUCACGCACAGUUAGAGGUCCUAGAAGUGGCUUUAGCAAGUUGUGAAAGCAGCAUCGAGUUUACAGAGCAAGUGUUCAAGAAUGGCAACGAUAUUCAAAUAUUGAGCAUGGAGAAGUACAUGUUGCAGUCUUUGGAGCAGCUGAAAGCAGCUAAAGAUCAAGCGAAGCCUUGCGUUAAUGAAGACAUGGUAUUCAUCAUUCCUUCGUCGGCGCAGGAAAAAAAGAAAGAGUUGUUGAAUUAG